GCGGCGGCGGCGGCACCGCCGGGUUCGUACGGCCGCGCUGCCCGCCACGUGCCGAUGCUGGCGCUGAGCGCCGCCCGCCGCUUGCUGCGCCCACCCGGGGAGCUGCUGCCGCCGGGGCUCGCCUGCGUGCGAGCGGUCGGAGCCCGCGGCUGCAGCUCGGAUGGAGCGGGCCCGCGGAACCCGCUGGUGUACUUGGACGUGGGCGCCGACAACCAACCGCUGGGGCGCGUCGUGCUGGAGCUGAAAGCUGAUGUCGUGCCAAAGACAGCAGAGAACUUUAGAGCUCUUUGUACUGGUGAAAAAGGAUUUGGUUAUAAAGGAUCCACCUUUCACAGAGUGAUUCCUUCAUUUAUGUGCCAGGGUGGUGACUUUACAAACCAUAAUGGAACCGGUGGAAAAUCAAUUUAUGGCAGUAGAUUUCCAGAUGAAAACUUCCUACUUAAGCAUGUUGGACCUGGUGUUCUCUCAAUGGCCAAUGCAGGACCCAAUACAAAUGGAUCUCAGUUCUUCAUUUGUACUGCAAAAACAGACUGGUUGGAUGGAAAACACGUUGUUUUUGGGCACGUAAAGGAAGGAAUGGAUGUUGUGAAAAAAAUUGAGAGCUUUGGUUCCAAGAAUGGAAAAACCUCCAAAAAGAUUGUUAUUACUGACUGUGGACAGUUGUCGUAGCCUUUUGCCCUGCCAUUCAGGACAACUUCAAUGCUGUGAAGAAUGAAUCAUAAAAAACAUUUCUGAUCCCAUGAGUAGCAAUAUGAAGCCAUAUUUUCUAUUUAACUUGGUCCUACUUUUAUACUUGUAUUGAAUAAUACUGAUUGAAUACGUAAAACAUGUAUGAACUAAGCUAUUGUGGUAGUUGCUGCCAUGCUGAUUUGGCGGAGUCCUACUGCAUUCUGAAAGUAGUAGCACAGUAACAGUGUGUCUGACUGUCCUACUGAUAACAUUCUUAAUAUGUGGAUGCUUUGGGUGUUAGAGUUGGUGGUGGGGCUGACAGUUCAGAACUCUGUAACUGAGGGAUAAAUAAAAUCUAAAUUGUGAAAUACCACAUUCCCUUUAAUUCCAGUAACUCCUUUUACUGUUUUAUCUCACCAUCAUUCAGAAAAAUGGUACCAACUGGUGUUUUCAAGGCUAACUACAGCAAUUAUGUCAAGCAUUUUCUUUGUCUCAAGUCAAUCCAGUAAAACUAAUGUAUGGUUGUGGGAUUUUUAAUUUUAAAUUAAUCUGGUUUCGUAGUCUGAUCACUGUUUAAAACCAAACUAUUCCUUACUUGCCUCAGCGAAGCAGCGUGGCUUCUGGGUUGAGUAGCAGCCUGCUCCCGGAGCUUUACCUGUGCAAUAAGACCACAAAUGAGCCAGAAGAUCGUGGGAUAGAGAACUUGUUUGAAGUACAGUUCUGCUCUGGAGGCCCAGUCUUGUGAUGAAUGCAGACAGUUCUCAAGAGAUGGACUAUUUUUGCACUUGGAGAAUAUAAUCAGAGUAUAGUGAGCUUGCUUGAGUGAGCAAUGGGCUCUAUUGCUAUUUUUCUGUUACACUGGUGCUGCGAGGUCAGUUUGCCCUGGGUAUCUCUUUUCGUUGUGGUUUCUUCUCAUCCAUCAUCAACAGGAGUCAGAAUUGGUCACCAUGGAACUGCAUGGCCAAUGGGUGCAGCAAAAUCGUUGUGGUUGAUGCAUGAGAAGGAAAGAAUUUAGCUGAUCAGAUUCAGUUUCAUUCGUAGAAACUGGUGUGUUUUUAUGUGGAAUCCUUGAGCAGUAACAAAUGUUGGAACCUUACAGUACUGCUUCUAGAAUGGGUAAAGCUGUAAACUAUCCAUGCUUGGGGGAAAAGCACUUGGCUGGUUUUAUGUGAUCAUCUUCUGCUGAAGAGAAAAAUAAAAUGUGAUAGUUCUGUUCAA